CGCUACUCUCUCCUUUCUCACUACCCCGCCCGUCAAAGCGAGAGCGCCGUAUCACCGGUCUAUCCAUCCCUUCACCGCUGCCUCGACCCGCGCCGAAAGAUACCUUUCCCCCCCUUCCUCUCGCGCCGCCGUUUUGGUGCGACCAUGGCGGCGGAGGGGGAGGCCAAGAACCCGUCCGGCGGUGGCGAAGGGGGUAACCCCCAGCACCAGCAGGCAGUGCAGGCUGCGCCGGCGGAGCCGCCAACGGCACAGGGGGAAGCGGUGCAGGAGGCUGGAGCGCAGGCGACGGGACAAGAGCCGGAGGGGGAGAAGGCGAAUCGAGAUGGGGAGGGAAGCGCGGGGGAGAAGGACGACGGCGCGUGCAGAGAUCUGGUUCUGGUUGAGGAUCCGGAGGUGCUCGCCGUCGAGGACCCGGAGGAAGCUGCAGCAACCGCAGCACUCCAGGAAGAAAUGAAAGCGCUCGUGGCAUCCGUCCCUGACGGUGCUGGGGCAGCAUUCACAGCCAUGCAGCUUCAGGAGCUAGAGCAGCAGUCCCGGGUUUAUCAGUACAUGGCUGCCCGAGUACCUGUGCCUACUCACCUCGUCUUCCCCGUAUGGAAGAGUGUAACCGGUGCAUCCUCUGAAGGCGCCCAGAAGUACCCUACUUUGUUGGGCUUAGCAACACUCUGCUUGGACUUCGGGAAGAACCCUGAACCAGAACCAGGGAGGUGCCGGCGAACGGAUGGCAAAAAAUGGCGAUGUUGGAGAAACACUAUUCCAAACGAGAAGUACUGCGAACGCCACAUGCAUCGCGGUCGCAAGCGUCCUGUACAGGUCGUUGAGGAAGCCGAGCCUGACUCUGCUUCAGGCUCAAAAUCUGCUCCCAGCAAGGCCACCGAAGGCGCCAAGAAGGUUGACGACAAGAGCCCAGGUAGCAAGAAGCUUGCCGUGGCGGCGGCAGCUGCAGCUGCUGUGCAGUCUACGUAAUUGAUGCAGCAUUUUAGUAGUCGCAGGAAGAGCAUGGCGGCGCUGGCAACUAGCGCCUUCUUUUCAUUGCAUGUGAUCUUUAGCUAUAACCUCAUUUAGCACACUCCCAGUGGUGUCCGUGGGAGGAGGAAGCCGCAAGAACUUCCCCCGUAGGGUGUCGACUGAAAAAAUUCACUUGUAGCUGUAUAGUUUGAUCUCUAGCUUUGUCGUGCCUCCGGCCUUCAGGUAGGCGAUGCGGCAUGAUGUUAUAAAUCCUCUCCCAGAACUGACAAUAUCGCAUUGUAACCCAAGAAGCCGGUGCAAGAACCUGUGAAACUGCAUUGAUGCGCAAUUAUGUGAUUCAUCAGUUGUAUAACAAAGUGGAAGAUGCAUAAUUUUAUGCCUCGUGGAGGCUGUGACUAUGUUAUUCUGAUAGUAAUGAGUACGCCAGAGAUUGGAUGU